AUGCAGCGUAAGCACUACAGGGGUCUGUCAAACCCGCAAUGUAUUCAUGGGAUUGAGGUGGUCAGGUCACCAAAUCUUGCAGGGCUCACUGAGGCAGACCUUAGGAGGUGGGCAGAACUUACAGGGAGGGAGCUCAAUUUCAUCAUCCCGCAGGAAGCCAGUGAUUUUGGGACAUGGAGGACCAUUCCGAACUCAGAGCUUGAGCUUGAGAAGCCACACCCUGUCAUGAAGAGCAAUGGUACCCAAAACCCAAAGAAAGCGGGCUUGAAUUUGUCAUCACCGUCCAAUCAUUCAGGCGAAGAUGGUAUGGAUCUCUCCCCAGUCAGCAGCAAGCGUAGGAAGGAAUUAUCCCCACAAGCCAUGGAUGAGGAAGUAUUCUUCCCACUGAAUUCUUGCCCUCAGAAGACACAACAAGAUGUGGAGAUGCAUUCACCAGCGCAACCUGCAUGGCUCCAUGAGUUUGCUGGGGUGAUGAGAAACGCUUGUGGGCCAGUGACUGCUGCCAAGUCUAUCUAUGAGGAUGACCAGGGCUACUUAAUAAUGGUCAGCUUGCCGUUUGUUGAUCAGCAGAGGGUGAAGGUUUCAUGGAGGAACACUCUGACUCAUGGCAUUGUGAAGAUCGUUUGUGUUAGUACUGCUAGGAUGCAACAUAUAAGGAGACGUGGUAGGACGUUCAAGCUUGCCGACCCUUCCCCUGAGCAUUGCCCUCCUGGGGAUUUCAUCCGUGAAAUACCUCUAGCUACUCGUAUCCCUGAAGAUGCUAAGCUGGAGGCAUGUUUUGAUGAGGCUGCCUCAGUGCUUGAGAUCAUGGUCCCAAAACGAGGAAAUGAACCUGAAGAACAUGAAGUUAGGGUCUCUCUGCGACCCCCUCACUUUGGAGCUAAUGAUCUACUUUUGACCUAA